UCCGUGGCUGAAUAUGAUUCUUUGAAACACACACAGCGACGGACGAUACUCGUGUAAGACUCGCGCCCGAGAACGCGGCACUCCUCGCUCGCGCGGCACGGGACCAGGAGGCGUGUCGGCCGCGCAUUUCGUUCGUUGUUCCUCGGCCCACAUAGGAUAAGAGAGCAGGAAUGAAAGUGCAGAAACGAAACCGUCCGCAUGGAGCCUACGAACCUGCAGAAAGCUAUCAGUAUAGCCAAUAAGGCUUCAGAGGCAGACCAGACUGGAAAUUAUGAAGAAGCUAUUCUUUUGUACCAGAAGGCCGUUCAGUUCUUUCUGCACAUAUUGAAACGUGAACCACAGGGGAAAGAUGGAAACCAGAAGAUCAGAAACAAAUGCAAAGAGUACCUGGACCGAGUGGAGGAGUUAAAGAAAUACAUUGAGGAGAAAGAGAAAGCUAUAGACCUGGCCAGUAAGGCUGCACAAGAAGACAAAGCACAGAACUAUGAAGAAGCUCUCCGUUUAUAUCAACAUGCCGUGCAGUACUUCCUUCAUGUUGUCAAAUAUGAAGCCCAGGGUGAGAAAAGUAAGCAGAGCAUCAGGGCAAAGUGUGCAGAGUACCUGGACAGAGCGGAGAAGCUGAAGGAAUAUCUAAAGAAGAAGGAGAAAGCUCCCCCUGCCAAGCCAGUGAAGGAGUCCCAGGCUGAUGACAAAGGAACUGAGAGUGAUGAAGGAGAGGAUCCUGAGAAGAAGAAAUUCCAGAAUCAGCUUUCAGGAGCCAUUGUGAUGGAAAAGCCUAACAUCAAGUGGAAUGAUGUGGCUGGGCUAGAGGGGGCGAAGGAGGCUCUGAAGGAAGCCGUCAUCCUGCCCAUCAAGUUCCCACACCUUUUCACAGGGAAGAGAACCCCGUGGAGGGGAAUCCUACUCUUUGGGCCCCCAGGAACAGGGAAGUCUUACCUGGCAAAGGCUGUAGCCACAGAGGCCAACAACUCCACCUUCUUCUCCAUUUCCUCCUCGGACCUGGUGUCCAAGUGGCUGGGAGAAAGUGAAAAGCUGGUGAAAAGUCUGUUCUCUAUGGCCCGGGAGCACAAACCCUCCAUCAUCUUCAUUGACGAGAUUGAUUCACUGUGUGGAUCGCGAAGCGAGAAUGAAAGCGAGGCGGCCCGACGCAUCAAGACAGAGUUUCUGGUCCAGAUGCAAGGUGUUGGGAAUGACAACGAUGGAAUCCUGGUUUUGGGUGCCACAAACAUUCCCUGGACUCUGGACUCUGCUAUCCGGAGACGGUUUGAGAAGCGCAUCUACAUUCCGCUGCCCGAGGACCAUGCCCGCACCCUCAUGUUCAAGCUGAACCUGGGCUCCACCCCAAACAGCCUGACGGAAGCAGAUUUUGUCUCCUUGGGGAAAAAGACAGAGGGCUACUCUGGUGCUGACAUAAGCAUCAUUGUGAGGGACGCCCUCAUGCAGCCGGUCCGGAAAGUGCAGUCAGCUACUCACUUCAAACAGGUUCGAGGACCAUCAAGGCAAGACCCCAAUGACCUGGUAGAUGACCUUCUGACUCCAUGUUCUCCAGGGGAUCCAAAUGCCAUAGAAAUGACUUGGAUGGAAGUCCCAGGAGAAAAGCUUUUGGAGCCAAUUGUCAGCAUGCGGGACAUGGAGAAGUCUCUCUCCAACACUAAACCAACAGUUAAUGAACAGGAUCUGGAAAAACUGAAGAAAUUCACAGAGGACUUUGGACAGGAAGGCUGAAGCACCACUCUACAGAAAUCAAAGUGAAUCGAUUGUAAAUUGUUUUCCUCCGUUUGUUUGUUUCUUUGCCCCCUGCUCUCUCUGGAUUUGUUGAUCUAAUGUUCUGUCCUUUCCAAUUAUUUCCCGGUACAAGCAGGAAGCUGAUUCAGUAACCUGACCAGGGUCACCCAAGGGCUUCAAAAUAUGUUAUCUGUACUGUGUAAUCCUCCUUUGCUGCCAAUCAAUAUAUACACGUGUAUAUAUGUAAGUUUAUUUUUUCAGGGCAUCAAAGCUCGUGACACAAGCCAUUUUAUUAGCUGCUUUAAACACAUUUUGGCAGUGGGGAAAAUCAGACUAACAGUGUGGUCAUUGUGCUUUGUAGCUGUUUUCUUAACAUCUUUUUCAGGAAAAAUGGUUUUGGAGUCAUGCAGGUAAUGGGGGAUAUAAGUACUUUAGACCAGCCAGACCAAAGUGACCCUGUGUAAGUUACUGUCCCUUUGUAGAAAUUCUGGUCCAAAUGCUUUGACAUUUUGGUUUAUUCUAGAGGGAUCAAAAAUAGGUUCUAAAAAUGUUAUCCAGGACACUGAUGAGGUUCACUAUGUUUCUGAAAAUAGCUUCCAGUUUUUUUUAUCGUAAACAUCAUGCAAUUUUAUUGCAGAGACAUCAAACACAUAAAGACUGAAAGAAAUUUUGACAAACUACAAGUUGACAAACUAUAUUGAGUCUUAAAUUGAAUAUGUGGAAACGGAUAAUAGAAUGAAAUGUAUUUUGGAGGAGGGGUGUUGGAACAGCAUCUUUAUGUGUACUGUAAUGUCUGCCAUUGGACGUGGCAACAUUCCGAAUGUGCCUUCGAUUGAAAUGUUGGGGUUUUUAUUAUUUGGGUUUUACAUUGUAAGAUACGUUCCACAGAAACCUCUUCACAGUGUGCAUUUUAUAGUUAUAUUACUAGAAUUUGGUAUUUGGUUAAUAUCAGCAUAUUUAGACCUUUUAGUAUGUUGAUUGUAUACAGCUAUAUUCUGCACUCAUGGUGCUGGUUCUUUCCUGUUAAAAAUAUAAAA